AGGUAUAGCCUUUGCAUUGCCUCCCAUGUCGUUUGGUAGUCUAUACAGUGACCAAUCCGUGAAUGUCUUGGAUGGAGGAUUGGGAACUACUCUAGAGGACAUCUUUCACGAGGAUAUCGCACAUACUCCCCUGUGGUCUGCUAAAUCAAUUGACGAAAAUUCGGAGACUCUUAUCCAAGUCCACCUCUCAUUCCUUGGCGCUGGUGCCAGGACUAUCCUCACAUCGACGUACCAAUGUGCUUUCACAACGUUCGAACGAGCGGGCUACUCUCGUGAGGAUGCUACGCGGAUCAUGCGUAAAUCUGUCGAGGUGGCUCGGGAAGCAAAGAGGAGGUUCUGCGACCAGAAUAGGAACGUUUUACCAGGAGACAUACGCAUUGCGCUGUCGUUAGGCCCAUUUGGAGCAACCUUGUACCCAGCGCAGGAAUUCGACGGGUUCUACCCUCCCCCAUACGGACCAAAAGCAUUCUCAUCCUCAGGGCAGAACGAGAACGUUUUUGGAGACGAUGUGGCGCAAAGAGAAAGUUCUAUCGAUGCUCUCGCUCAUUUCCACAGUGAGAGAUUGCAAGUAUUCACAAGUGAUCGAGAAUGUUGGGAUGCUGUCGACUGUAUUGCUUUUGAAACUGUGCCUUUGGCGAGGGAGGUAAAGGCGAUUAGGAGGGCGAUGGGGAUGUUGGGCGGUGCAGUGGCUGAUAAUGGGGAGUGGAAGCCGUGGUGGAUCAGUACUGUUUUCCCAGGUGGGCACUACCCAGAGCGAAAGACUCCGGGAGGCGAGUAUCUAUCUGCUUCGGAAGUCUUGAAUGCGGUCCUGGGGGAAGAAAACGAUGGACGAAUAGGUGAGGUCGUCAGACAGCCGUUGACACUCCCAAGUGGCAUUGGGAUAAACUGUACAGGAAUCGAAUUCCUGCCAGAUUUGCUGUCAGAUUUUGAGAGGGCGCUGAACAAUGCUGAGGAGAAAGCGCGACUCGGAGGAAGGCCAUGGCUCGUAUUGUAUCCGAAUGGAGGGGACGUUUACGAUCCUGUCUCGAGGACAUGGAGAGGAUCGAAUGAGACGCAAAAGGGACGGGUAUGGGGUGAACAACUAGGUCAGAUCGUCGACUCGGCACGUGGAAAUGGAACGUGGGGUGGCAUCCUUGUGGGAGGGUGCUGCAGGACUGGGCCCGCAGAAAUACGGGCGUUAGUGGAUGCGCUGAGACUGCCUUCAGCGGAGCUGUGUCCAUGAGCGAGAGCGAUAUUUUGAGAACUUGGUGCUGGGUCUUCUUGCGAUAUUUUUGAAUAGAAACCUCUUUCGAUCAUGGCCAGCAUCUUUCGAUUCUAGAAUCUUAGAUAUUCUAGGACUCGAAUGAAAGUUCUUGCGUUAGUCCG